AUGAGACUGCCGCCAGUGUCGAAGUUUUCGGUGAUAUCGUUACUGAUUCUAUCUACUACAGUUGCAUUUUACAGAUACUACACGUACUUCCUGAUAGUGUCGCAUGUCAACGGACUGAAAAAGGAGUCCAAUUAUUCACAGGAAGAAAUAGACAGUGGUAAGGCAUUUCCUAAUGAACCGUCUUUAAGGAUACCUCGUCCAGAUGAUAUUUAUGUCCCAUUACUGACGUUGGUUCCUCCCAGUGGCACCGGAUGGUCUCUUUCUACAAAGGCGAGCGAGGGCUCGAAAGAGGGUUCAAAUGAGGGAGGUGAUGGACAAACGGAGACAGCAGUGCUCGAAACCAAUGGCGUUAUAUUCUACCCAUGGGUGCUGAUAACGAGUUCGUUAGUAGAAACGAAUCUUGUUUCAUGUCUGCUGGCUACCGUGACGUUAAUCUACGGAGGUAGAUACUGUGAAAAUAUUUGGGGGUCUACCGAGCUGGCAAGGUUUUUGAUUAUCAUGACAGCAGUGCCCAACCUGAUAGCAUAUGUGUUUUUGUCGGUGAUGCACUGGCUGGUAUAUCGCAACCGGUCGGUUGAAGACGACCCUUCACUAGACUCGUUUAAAGAGACUGUCUGUGGAACCACAGCGGUAGUAGCAGCAUUUCUGGUGGCAUUUAAACAGCUGGUUCCUGAGCAUAUGAUAGUUAUGUUCAAAGGACGGAUCCGACUGCGAGUCAAACGACUACCGUUUCUGUUUGUCACGUCAAAUACACUGGCAGGAAUUCUUGGUUACGAUCUGUUUGCAUACAUGGCAUGGAUCGGGUUUUUAACAAGCUGGAUAUAUCUACGAUUCAUCCGAAUCAGCUAUGCCGACCCAUUACUGCCAUUUUCACUUGGAUCAAUGUCACCAGCAGCAGCAUCUUCACCAUCUGCGUCGUCUCCCUCUAACCAAGGUACCUCAUUUUUCUCGAAUCCACCAUCUACAGCAGCAGGAAUUAAAGUCCGUGGUGAUGCUAGCGACUCAUUUGCAAUGGCCACAUUUUUUCCUGAACCAUUCUCACUCAUUGUCGAGGCCAUCUCCGACCACAUGUUCCGAGCACUAGUCAACCUCCGCAUAUUGAAACCAUUCACACCCGAAGAAGUCGACAACGCCAAUGCCCGAGCACUAGCUCGACUGGUUCCUGGCGGUAUCAGUGCUCCAAGUUCACGGACCUUUCACCGAGCAUACCAACACCAAUCACCACCCAACCUCACCCACUCAUCGCUGCCACGACACUACGACAACAAAUUCCCUCGUAGCUCAACACGAGCCGAGGCCGAACGAAGACGGUCUCUCGCACUACGAGCUCUCGGCCAAGACCCACUAGGACCACCAGCAUCCUCCUCUUCCUCCUCCUCUACAGUCCCAGUACAACCUCCGGCCCCGCUAUCUGCCCCGAACCCGGCCGUUCUCCCUGCUCCAAGAGCUGGAAAAGAUUAA